AUGGACGCAUCUAUAGCGCAGGCGCUGCAGUCCAGCCUCGAACAUGCCAUUCAGAAGCGAUUCGGCAGUGAAGAAAUGGCACUCGCUGAAUACAUCGUCGUCAUGAUACAGAACGGCAAAGAUGCACCAGCCGUUACCGCAGAGCUAUCAGACCUCAUGGCGACCUAUGACCCUUCCUUCACAGACUUCAUCUUUGGGGAAGUCGCGCGGCUGCCUGUGCCGCCUGUUGCUGCACCUGCUACGGCUGCACCGGAAUCCAUCAAGACGGAAGAGGUUGCAGAUACAGACAUGUCAGAGACCAAGAAACCUGCGGGUGGCGUUGGUAUGGGAUACCCAGACAAGCGCGCUUAUGCCAAUGUCCGACAAACACUCGAACGCAAUAGUCAAGAGCGACCUCGUGGCAGACCUGAAGUCGAUGGCGUACGGCAUUCACCCUAUGGCGCACCUACAGGACCCAAGGGCGAGCAUGCGCGUCAUGGAUCAGGUCCCAUUCGAACAGGCCGUAGACCUAUGCAAGCACCACCCAUCAUGCCAGUCAACAUGGCAGGUAUGCUUCCAGAAGGCUUCCCUAUGCCACCUCCCGAAUUCUUUGCCCAGAUUGCACAGCAGAUGGCACUCCAGCAAUCACAGCCUCAGCGGAAAUUCCGUACAACGCGUUGUGCAGCUUGGCCUGAAUGCCGAAAAGCAGAGUCAUGUACGUUUGCGCAUCCAACAACUUACUGUACGCGUGAGCACUGUGCGCGUGAUCCCGGGUUUUGCCCAAAGUUGCACCCAGAUGAAGGCAUCAACUUGGAGGAAGCAGUCAAGAAACAGACAAAGAUGGAUGCUGAUGUCACUUCUGGUCUUGUUCCUCGUCAUGUCCCUCAGGCUGCACAGGGUGCAUCGUACGGCCACCAGCCGCGCACCCCUCGAGUUCCAAAGCAGGAUGAUGGAUCUACACCUAUUUGCAGGUGGGCUGAACAAUGCACGAAUCGUACCUGUGGCUUCACGCAUCCUUCACCGGCAUCGAAAGACGGCUCUAGUAUCGUUUUGGACUCUGCAUGGUGUGAAGCAGGCAAGGACUGCACCGAUGCACAAUGCAACAAGGGGCACCCAUCGCCUAGUCUCAAUUACAUGCAAUCAGACACAGCUGCGAAAGCAUGCAAAUUCCAGCCAUGCAUGAAUCCAAAUUGUCGUUUCGCCCAUGCGCCUGGUCAAAAGGGGACUGCCAAGCCAGCACCGUUGUAUAAUGGUGGUUUCGGCAACAAGGUGUGGACAGCUGCUUCUGCACCCAGUGCUACAGCUGAACGCGCGUUUGUUGAAGGCGAGGCGAGUGAGAAGCUAGCGGCAGUCAAGGACACGGAAAUGACUUUAUAA